AAAGAACGUUGUUGACAUCACCACGUGAAAACUGUUCACUUGAGAUAUCGAGACAGUAGUUAAGUUAGACUUUUUAAUAUUGGCAAAAUGGAUGACCAAGUAACAGCGGGUUACAGCGUGCCAUGUGAACGAUGCUCCGCCGUGGACUGGGGUGUCUCCGAUGCUGGGCAGUUCUACUGCAGGUCCUGCCACAAUAUAAUCGAAAGAGUGAGAGAGGUUGAAGAUUUAACCGACGUGUUGUCCAGCAGCAGUCGUAUUACUACCCUCUCGCGAAAGGCAUUAAAAAAGAAUGAAAAAGUGCUUGGGAAAGACUGGAUGAUCAUUGAGGGCUUUCAGUUUGUCCUCAUGCACCAAGCUGAUGCCUUGCUGGCUUUAGGAGUCUGUCCACAGUUUAAGAAUGAUGUUUUGUGCCAUUUCUGGCGCAGAUACCUUCAGAAAACCAAGCAAGCAUAUACAGACAACCCAAUUUCUCUCAGGAGAAUAUCUGCAAAUCCACGUCAGGAUGUGGACUCGGACUCUGCUGUCGAGUCCGAGGCUCUGAGUGACGGGUCUGGGCGCAGUGGGCCAAGCAUUGGCCAGGCGAGUGAACUGAGCCUGGGGGCGAGUGCUGGCGUCUCUAGUGAUGACGAGGCUUCGGCAUCGUUAUGGUGCGGCUCGGUGGAUGCCGCUGGCUACCUCAACCGUCGCCACCGGAAGAGCCACCACCUGAUGAGCAUGCCCAGAACACUGGCACUGUGCCACCUGGCACUGCUGUGGGUGCGAGAGGCCGUAACGCUGGCCGACCUGCUGAGAUUUGUGUUUCAAAAGCAUAUCCCAUACCUUCAUAUCCAUGAUGUGUUUCCUGAAGAGAUUAAACUGUUUGGCAAAGAUGCACACAUCUUCAAUGUGCAGUCCAUCCCGUCCUAUCGGCGAGUGCAGGAGGAGGCGCAGCUCCUGGCCAGAGUGAUGGACCUCCCCUCCUUCCCCUCCGUCAGUGACCAGUGCCUGCUGCACCCCGGCCUCCUCAGCCUCCGCUACCUCACUGAGGCCAACCUCCCCGAUGAGCUGCACCACUGGGUGUGCGAGGUGAUGCACCGAUCGGGCCUGGGGAAGGUGGGGGCACUGACCUUUGACCCCGCGAGCAUGGCUCAGAGGAAUUCGCCCGUCAGCUACGAGCUCCUAGCCUGUGCCCUCAUCAUUGUCUCCAUGAAGCUGCUCUUCAGGAUCAACGACAACAAGGAGUGGAAAUUCUCUGAAAAAGCCAAACACCAUAAUAACGACGUUCCAGGUUCAGGCCUCUUUAGCUUGGCGUGGUGGUACGAGACUGUGCUAAAAGCCUUCGAGAAAGCUAAAGAGAGAGAAGAGCAACAAACAAUAAGUCAGAUGUGGAAGUCUUCCAAAGCCAUGGUUUUCCGCAAGAAAGAAAGAACUGUGAAUCUGAAGAGAAGACGGGUGGCGGAACAUCUGCAGAAGAGCUUCCAGAAUCUUUCAGGACCCUCCCCAGACACGCUGCUCUCCAAACCCUCCAGUUUCAUCUUCCGCUGGGGGGUAAGGGAGGACUCUGAUGGCCCGAGCUUCCAUCAGACCAAACUGAACCAUGUCAUGAAGAAGGAGCAGGAAGCCUACACCACUGCCAAUCAGAAAUACUGGCAUCCAUUUAUGUCCAGUCGUGCUAAAAAGCCAUGCAAGAACCAUUAUGCUGAGGUGGAGCCCACGCUGCCCAGGAUGUACGUGUGGCUGCUGGAGCUCUUCUCCUUCCUGCUGCGGGUGCCGCCGGCCUGCAUGCACCUGGAGGUGCUCAGGGUGGAGCAGCGGUUUACCAAGGGCCCGCGGCUCAAGCAAAACAAGAAAGCGACAGGUGGGGAAGCACAUGUGACCAAAGACAACUGGAAGAAGAGGAAGGUGUCAUAGUUGACGUGAACGUGCACGAAAUGUGCAGGGAACUGGACACCUUUUCUGUGUGGGGAAGGUGCACGAAAUGUGCAGGGACUGGACACCUUUUCUGUGUGGGGAAGGUGCACGAGAUGUGCAGGGACUGGACACCUUUUCUGUGUCAACACGGGAGUAAUGUGCAUGGAAUGUGCAGGGACUAGACACCUUUUCUGUGUCAACUUCUGUCAACUUCAUUGGCUGUAUUUUUAAGAGAUUGGGUCAUGUUCAUCUGUUGACAUGCAUGAUCGUUCAGGCCUGAUAUGUUUUCGAUUUUAUUAAGGGUAAUAUCACAUAGAGUGCCUGCUUUAAACUCUGGAGGACUAUUAUCCUUCCUAGCACUUUGGUCCUCAUAUAAUUUCAGUAUUUAUCAAAGUGUUUUACCAUAUGUGAUAUGUACUCAGUUUGCAAACAGAGGAACUAAUAAUCACAUAAAAAAAACAUCAACAUCUGAACCUUACAUAGACUAUGUAUUUGAGUAGUACUAAUUUAGCCUACCUCCACCAUAUGUUCACGCCAUUAUAAAUACAAAACAGUAUUCAUAUGAGAGAACUGUUAAUAUCACAUUGAUAUACUCUUUUGUCAUGUUCGCCUGAAAGUCCCUCCUGGUGCCUCUACCUCUCACUCCCCUUUAAUUGGUUUUGGGUUGGUCGAAUCUGAAGCUCUAACCGCCCGUUGAAACUGGUGUUAACGCCCUUUCACAACAGUACCGGCGGUAGCCAGUGGCUGCAAUAAAACAUGUUUGUUCCUACGAUUUGACAAGUUGGCCCAUCUGCGUUGGCUGAUGCUUUUAUCGUAGCCUAUUGAUUAGAGAAUAAAUUGUCUACAAACAGAU